AUGAACACCAAAGAUUUUGUAGUUCUUCCAUGGGGAAAACCUGGAAAUUCCAUAAAGCUAAAAUAUAAAAAUGCCCGAGAAUUGCGAAUGGAGAAAGUGCGGCUGGAGCUGGAGACCCAGGAGAUGGCCCAGAAGCUGCAGGAAUUCCGGUCCACGAGGAGCAAAGAGAAGGAAGAGAUAGGGUCAAGUGGAUAUCACUGGAAAUCUGGAAAAGUGGGGAAAGUGGGGAAUCAAUCACACACGGUGUCUCAAAGCAAAGGAAAUGUCAUUAAGGUUUCUGCCGGAAAAGUGAAAUUAAAAUUGCUGAAAGACCAGAUUCAAGUUUUUUUGAAAAAAUUAUCUUUGAAGGUGUGCCUUGAAUGUGGAGAGGAUUACUGUUCCGGAUGUUUUGCUAAAAUCCACCAGAAGGGGGCGCUAAGACUCCACAGAACGACUCUCCUGCAGGCAAAAUCUCAAAUAUUGUCCAGUGUCCUGGACGCGGCACAUCGGUUCAUAAAGGAAGCACAUCCAGAGGAACCCAAAAGGGAGGCCAGUUCUACAGAAGAAGCCGGCGACGGGCGGCAGGAGCCCAGGUCUCUGCUCCCGCAGGGGAGCAGCUCUGAGGUAGAAAUUACAACCACAAAAAAAGCAGAAUGUACAGAACCAAAGGAGAGGCUCCUGGGUGAAGGAUCCUUCGAUGAAGAAGCUUCCGCCCGGUCCUUUCAGGAGGUGUUAAGUCAGUGGAGGACUGGCCGGCCCCAGGCCAACGAGGAGCAGGCCGUACUCGCAGCAGAAGCAGACUCUUUGGAAGAAUGUGAAGUACAGACUAAUCUGAAAAUUUGGAGGGAACCAAUUACUAUUGAAUUUAAAGAAGACAGUCUGUCCUAUAUGGAAAAAUUAUGGCUUAAGAAACACAGGAGGACUCCACAAGAGCAGCUCCUGAACACGCUGCCCGACACUUUUAUACAUCCGUGUGAAACCCCUAGUGAGAAACAGAUUCCUCAAAGCAAAAAUGAGGAGGACAGUGACGUUGAAGAAAUCAAAGUACAACAGCUGAAUCUUUUUCAGUCAAUUGAAGAAGACUUAAGCACAGAGAGACCUGAGCCAUCUCUAAAGAUAGUGGAGCUGGAGGAUACGUAUGAAGAGGAAUUUGAAGAACCUGGAAACGCUGCAGCUUACAAAGUUGAAUUAGCUGCGGCAGACCGUCAACAAAGUUAUGCGUUUCAUGAUUAUCCGAAGAACAGUUUGCUGUAUGAACUUCACACCCAUCAAGGUCACAUUUUCAACAAGGGGAAAACAGAGCUCUUACGUCUUAGUUUGAGAAACAGCUCUACAGACUGUAAAAAUAAUUCAAAAGGUAGAACUUCAAACACAGAUUUGGACAACAUUGUAGAUCUUGAUGUUUAUUCUUCUGAUGGUGAAAAAUCAGGGGAAAUCCAUGUACCUGAAAGAAAUUUAAAAGAGAAAAGUAUAGAUGUAAAAAGUAAUCAAGAGUCUGAUGGUUCCUGUGGAUCACCUGAGAACAAAGAUUAUUUGCCAAGCGUAGAUUUAGAAAAACGUUCCAUCGAGGAGAAAUUGUCUCAAGACAUUAAACAAUCCUUGGAAUUCAACAGUCUGAAUGGGAGAUCAUAUGAUGAAGAUUCUGAAAUUACACCGUCACUACUGUUAUCACACGAAGUAGCCCUCAGAAGUCAACCUAUAACUGAACAGUAUCAAGGACUUGAGAGAUUCUUUAUUUUUGAUAAAAAUGAAAGCAUCAACUUACCUCCUUCUCAUAGUUUAGAAUGCAGUUGUCCCAGUCCUAGGAUUACACUGGCAGAGGACAGAGAAUGGAUCCCAGACCACAGCUUAAGUGAAAAUGCUGACGAUGCCAUUGUCUUAGGUGUUCUGAAGGGUGCUCAGAAUCCAACAUCAGAUGGAGAACAGCUCGUGAUGGGCCAGAAACCAUGGAGACCUUCAACAGUGAAUUUACCACUUUCGAGCUCUGUUAAAAGAAGCUCCAGCUGCCUUUCAUCCUCUCAUCUCAGAUCAAGAAGCGUAGCCACCCGGUCACUAUCUAGAGCUGCUUCUGAAAUUUCAGAAAUUGAAUAUAUUGAUAGCAAUGACCGGUAUGAGCUUUUCUUAGAUGACACUGCUGAUCAACAAACCUUAGACAGUUUGGAAAAAGAAUUAAAUGGGAUGAGAAACCUUUCAGAUCCUUCAGAAAAAAUUUACAGCCUAACCUCAGAAGAGCUACCAGCUUUCAGGGGCCAUUCAGUGGACAUGAGUCAGAUUUCCACGGCUCUCCUUGAGACCUCAGAGGCAAGGGGGCCCUGUGGAGUGGAAGAAUGGAGCUCUUCAGGAAGAGAUCAUGAAAUUCAGUCUUCGUUCUACUUUUCUGAGAGCAGUACAGAUGAAGAGGAAGAAGAAUUUCUUGACAAGCACCAUGUCACCACACUGCCGUGGUCAAAGAGCACUUCAUGACUAUUUGUUCAUUACUUUUUCCAUUUUGUACCUAGAGUAAAGUAAACAACUGAA